AUGUCAGGCAAUUUGACUAACGGCGACAGCGGAGGCGCUACCGCUCCCUGCGAUCGGUUGAGUAACUUGCCCGAUGAACUGCUGCUCCACAUCUUCGAGGCGGUUGGCCACAAUGCCAGGCGCGACCUCUGCAACGUGUCGCGCGUCAACAAGAAAUGCCACCGCCUGAGUGACGCCGUCCUGUACAAGAGCAUUCUUUUCGAGACGCCCGAAUUCCAUCUUACCUUUAGCGAGUCGCUGAGCCGCCGCCCGCGUCGUGGCUCUGCCAUUGUCGAAGUCAAGCUCGCCUAUCCCUCCUCGGAGCUAUCAGAGCUGGCUCUCGAUGCGCCAGUCCAUGGCUCGUAUCUCGACCCCAAGCGCUCAGACAGCCUUUCGCGAACCCUGUCCAUCAUGUCAAAUUUGGAAAAGUUGGAUAUUUCCGUACCAGACGUGCUGCUGCAUGGCAUCGGUACCCUGUUCAACGGCCCCUUCGAUCUCACCUGCUUGAAGACGUGCUCGUUAUUCUACCAAUGCGCCAACGAUGCAUACUGGGACCUCCGCGAAAACAUACACAUUUUUGCGCACCCGACUCUUGAGUCUCUGACUAUCCGACGAGCCAAGCUAGACGAGAAGGGCUUUGACCACAUUGAGCGGCCCCACCAGACAGCCCUGAAGCAACUUCAUCUGAUCGAGUGCGAUAUCAACGAUGAUUCCCUUGGAGAUCUCCUUGAACUGCCUGAGGCACUGGAAGAGUUUGUUAUGACGCAGACCGAAGAGCCAGAGCCCGAGUUGGAGGAGAGUUCGGACAAUGUUGGCGACUACAUUCUGGCCGCACAAUCGCAAGCCGAGUUUUUGAAGGGUAUCACCAUCGACCACCCAACACUUACUGGACGCAAGGUACUACGAAUGAGAGAUUUUGCCGCACUAAAGACCUUGCGCCUAAACUGGGACUACCAACUCUUUGGCAAAUCGUCCAAGAAACCGCGUCUUCACUCAGUCGGACUGCCGCCACUCAUGGAGACACUGGAGUUUUUCAACGAGCUAGGAAGCGAUGCCGAAGUAACGGAUCUCCUGCUGGCGACCAUUGAGCAGAAAGAUAUUGUUGCUAGGAAUUGGAAGAAGAUGGUAGUAGUCGAGGGUGACGACGGAGUGUCGAGAGAGAUCAAGGAUGCGUGCAAGGGAGCGGGGCUCCAAUUAGACAUUAUCGGGGCAUUGGACGAAGAAUCCGAGGAUGAAUCUGAUGGAGACGAGGAAUCAAAUGGGGAAGAUGGAUCAGAUGAGGAUGAUGAAUCGGAUGAGGACAGCGAAUAG